AUGGACACACUACUAACUGCCGACGUGGCGGCCAAGUCGACAGCCUUUCGACGACGAUCGAGCACCUAUGUCGACGCCAUCCAUGACUUGCCGGAGAAGGAGUCUAUGGCGCCCGCUCAGCUCUACUCAACAGAAUCGGGUCGACUAUUCCACUCCGGACGAAUCGUCAUUGCUACUGUCGGACUCCCCGCAAGAGGCAAGACGCACAUCAGUGUAGCUCUUGCUCGCUAUCUUCGAUGGCUCGGUGUCAAGACCCACAUCUUCCACCUUGGCGACUACCGGCGGGCCUUUGUUGGAGCAAAGGGUGAAGUGCCGGAUGACUACUUUCAUGUCAACGCCAGCACUUCGUCUGUCCUCCUUCGGAACAAGAUCCUCAAGAAGUGCAGGGAGGACAUAUUUCAUUUCCUCAACCACGAAAAGGGCCAGAUCGCCAUCUACGAUGCUGUCAAUCCGCUAGCCAAUGGACGACGUGCUCUUGCCAAGGAGUUCGAGAAGCACAAUGUUCAGACCAUGUUCAUCGAGAGCACAUGUACGGAUGAGCGUAUCAUUGAGGACAACGUGCGGUCUGUCAAGAUCAGCUCACCCGAUUACAUUGGCUGGAAAGCCGAGGAUGCCGUCCAAGAUUACCUCAAGCGGAUCAACGCACGGAUACCGCACUUUGAGAGUCUCGAGGAAUCUGAUCUCCACUAUGUGAAGAUGAUCAAUGCAGGUGAGCGUGUGGUUGUGAAUAACUGCGCAUUCGGCUACUUGUCUCAGCGAAUCGUGUUCUACUUGCUCAACCUGCAUAUCAAGAGCCGGCAGACCUACUUCUGCCGCGCAGGCACCACCAGAGAUGAAGAGAAUUACAAAGGAGACGCCAGCUUAAGUGCCGAAGGACAGGACUAUGCUCGCAAGAUGACAGAGGCAUUAAUUGCACAUCGCGAGACUGAGCGCCUCAGCCUCAUUGAGCAAGGCGCCCCUGAAUCCACUGCACUCAAGCCACUGACUGUCUGGACAUCGACCCGAAAGCGUACUGUGGAGACUGCCACGUUCUUGGAACAAAAGGGUUACAGGGUUCGACAGCGGAGCCAAAUGAGUCAGAUCAACCCUGGUGUAUGCGAGAAGCUGAGCGAACGAAGGAUACGUGAACUGUUCCCAGAGGAAGUGUCGAAGCACGAGCAAGACCCAUACCACCAUCGCUAUCCUAGAGCUGAGUCCUACCACGAUCUUGCUGUCCGUCUCGAGCCUUGCAUCCUGGAGCUUGAGCGCGAGCAGAACGAUUUACUGAUCAUUGCGCACGAAUCUGUACUGCGCGUAUUGUACGGAUAUCUGAUGGCGUGCUCGGCGCACGACAUCCCUAGUCUGGAGUUUCCGCGUGACGAGAUCAUCGAGAUCAUCCCAGCAUCAUACAACAACAGUGCGAAACGCAUCCACAUACCCGACUUGCCAUCCAAGCUCGUACCUGGCAGUCCCGAGGACAUCAGGAUCCCCGUACCACCAUCCGGCACUAUCAGUCCGCUGAGUGGCAUGGGUACUCCAGCAGAAGGCGGGCGAACACCAGAAUCAUCCGGCAAUGAGGCUGGGCUGCUACCGUUGCGGCGAGGAAAUAUCAGUCCGAGGUCUUAG